GACGCCAAGCAGGUUGCUGAUUAUCUCUGGAAUAACUUCCUCGGAGGACAAUCAAGUAAUCGCCCGCUCGGAGAUGCUGUUCUCGACGGUAUUGACUUCGACAUCGAGGGAGGGACGAACCUGCACUGGGAUGAUCUCGCAAAGUACCUUUCCCAAUACAGUAAUCAGGGGCAGAAAGUUUACUUGACGGCAGCUCCUCAGUGCCCUUUCCCUGACGCCUGGCUAGGGGAUGCCCUGAAAACCGGUCUUUUUGACUACGUCUGGGUCCAAUUUUACAACAACCCCCCAUGCCAAUACACAUCCGGAAACACUGCAAAUUUAGUGAAUGCCUGGAAUCAAUGGACUCAAGAUAUUCAGGCAACUCAAAUUUUCUUGGGACUUCCGGCAUCCCCUGAGGCUGCCGGAAGUGGGUUCAUCCCGGUAAACGAUCUCACGUCUCAGGUGCUUCCCGCCAUUAAAGGAGCUUCAAAGUAUGGAGGCGUGAUGCUGUGGUCAAAAUACUAUGAUGACCAAACUGGGUACAGUUCCUCCAUUAAAAACGCUGUCUAAUACCGUAAUUUCAGUUUGAAUUUCCGUUGCUAUAUCGUAAAAAUACCACUACUUACAUGCAAUAAAAAAAUAUUACUUAUUUCUUGUACUAUUGUGAUCCCCCUGGGCGUUAAUUUAA